AUUUUAUAAAAAUUUGUAAAAUAAUUAAUUUCUGAUAAAUACAUCAGAAUAAGUGUAAAGUAGGACAAAUUAAGGCUAAAUUUAAAUGAAGGAGUUGAAGGUAGGAGACAGAGUAUUGGUAGGAGAUUCACUUGGAACUGUGGUUUCAGAGCCGUUAAAAUGUGGAGAAAAUGGUGAAAAUAAUGUUAAUGAAGGUAAAUUAUUGGUGGAAUGGGACGACUGGACAAGGGGUGAGCUUGACGGCUCUAAAAGGCUAGAAAAAAUAAAAAAUAAAAAAGUAAAAAUCUUUGAACAUUUUAAUAAAAUCAAGGAAAACAGUUUAAAUUUUCAGGAAGUAAUUAGAAUUUUAUCUGAAAGGUUUAAUUUUCUCGAUUUUGCAAAGCCAAUUUCCUGUGUAACUUCAGAAUCCGUUAGCUUAGGAUCAACAUUUGAAAAGGAGUUUAGGGAUAAAUAUUUAACUACUGAUGAGGAGUUGGAAGUGGGAGAUUCAACUGUAAAUUACGAAUUUGUAGGAAUGGAAAAGGCUUGUAGUUUCUUUUCAGACCCGAAAAAACUAUUUACAGUAAGCUUAAAUGACUGUAGAAUUAGUAAAAUUGGAACUAUAACAGAGUUCCCAAAGUGUUCAGACCUGUUUUUGUCAAAUAACCUUCUAACAACCUCUGAGAUUAACAAGUUGGUGGAGUAUUUCCCAAAUCUAACACUGCUAGACGUUUCUAAGAAUAAAGUUGACGCACCAAUUAACGCCACAAAUGUUAAAACUUUAAUCAUGAGCAGUGUGUUUGUGGAGUUUGAAAUGGUUUUGGAGACUCUAAACCUCUGUGGAAAUGUGACACAGUUAAUUUUCACAGAUAAUAAUCUGGAUGAAGUUGUUUUCAAGGGGAAAUCUUACCCAAAUGUCACAGUGUUAGACUUGAGUAAUAACUUUGUUUACAGCUGGAAUUCCCUUUUUAACCUUUUUAAACUAUUUCCAAACCUGGAAAAGUUAUUCAUUUCACACAAUCUUUUACAUAAUUUGGACGUGAAUGGAGUGGAGUUUAAAGGUUUGUUAGAGCUUGAUGUGUCAAAUAAUUUAAUUGACGACAUCAAUUCUAUGCUAAAAUUAUCGCAAACAUUUCCUAAUCUAACGAAUUUAAAGAUUAAUUCAAACCCAAUCCACCCAAAAUUUAUGGAAAAUUUUAUCAAUCUAUCCUUAGUUAGUGUGGGUGAGGAAAAAAGGGAUGAAAUAAUGAGAAUGUAUAUGAUAGUAACAUUUGUAAAUUUAAAAGUAUUAAAUGGCACAACCAUAACACCCGAGGAAAGAACAAAUUCUGAACGUUAUUUAAACUAUUUAGAGAAUAAGGAACCAGAACAUAAUGGAUUGAAGUUAAAUCUGGAGAAGAAGAAUAGAAUCAAAGUGUUAUUAGUGCCAGAUGGUGAUUCUGAGAGCUUUUUAUACGAGCCUGUGGAGAAGAAAUUAUCAGAAUCCUGCACAGUUUCAGACGUUAAACUGCUCUGCAGUAAACUCUUCAAAAUGAAUCUCAAAGAUAUUAAACUCGUCUACUGCAAUAAGAAGAUGCCGUUGUGUGAGGAAAUGGACGAUGAUUCUGCGGAAUUGUGUCGAUAUGGAAUCUCAGACAACUACCAAAUCAGAGCACAAAAUAAAAAUCUUAAACUCUAACUAAUAUAAUAACACUAUU